AUGUUGUCCAUCUUGCGCAAAGCACGUCUCAAGGACAAAGAGAUGCGAAUUCUGAUGUUGGGACUUGAUAAUGCCGGAAAGACGACUAUAGUCAAGCAGAUUAUGGGUGAGGACGUGAACACGGUCAGCCCAACGCUGGGCUUCAUCAUCAAGACGAUCGAUUACGAAGGAUACAAAUUAAACAUAUGGGACGUGGGAGGCCAGAAGACGCUGCGAUCGUACUGGCGAAAUUACUUUGAAAAGACCGACGCCCUGAUAUGGGUCGUGGACACGACAGACCGGCUACGCAUCGACGACUGUAGAGAAGAGCUCCACGGGCUCUUGGAGGAAGAGCGUCUUGCGGGAGCCUGCCUGCUGAUAUUCGCCAACAAGACGGAUGUGGAUGGGUGCAUGACGGAAGAAGAAAUUGUUACGUUGUUGAGGUUGAACGAUAUUCGGACGCAUCAGUGGCAUGUGCUGCCGUGCAGUGCGAUGACGGGCAAGAAUCUCAAGGAGGGCCUGUCCUGGGUGGUGGAAGACGCGAAGAAGCGGCUGUUUCUCUACUAG